AUGGCGAAGCCCCCGGCGGCGGCGGCGGCGGCGGCGGCGGCGUCGGAGGAGCUGAGCCAGGUGCCGGACGAGGAGCUGCUGCGCUGGAGCAAGGAGGAGCUGGCGCGGCGGCUGCGGCGCGCGGAGGGCGAGAAGGUGGGCCUCAUGCUGGAGCACGGCGGCCUGAUGCGCGACGUGAACCGGCGGCUGCAGCAGCACCUGCUGGAGAUCCGCGGCCUCAAGGACGUGAACCAGCGGCUGCAGGACGACAACCAGGAGCUCCGCGAGCUCUGCUGUUUCCUCGACGACGACCGGCAGAAGGGGCGCAAGCUGGCGCGCGAGUGGCAGCGCUUCGGGCGCCACGCGGCCGGCGCCGUGUGGCACGAGGUGGCCCGCUCGCAGCAGAAACUGCGCGAGCUCGAGGCGCGCCAGGAGGCCCUGCUGCGUGAGAACCUGGAGCUCAAGGAGCUGGUGCUGAUGCUGGACGAGGAGCGCGCGGCGCUGGCGGGGGGUGCGGGCGGCGCGGGCGGCGGCGGCGGCGGCGGCGGCGGCGCGGGCUCCCGAAGCUCCAUCGACAGCCAGGCCAGCCUGAGCGGGCCGCUGGCGGGCGGCGCGGCGGGCGCGGGGGCCCGCGACGUGGGCGACGGCAGCAGCACGUCCAGCGCGGGCAGCGGAGGCAGCCCGGACCACCACCACCACGUCCCGCCCCCGCUGCUGCCCCCCGGGCCGCACAAGGCUCCCGACUGCAAGGCAGUAGCCACGCGCAGGUCCCUGGACGACCUGUCCGCGCCACCGCACCACCGAAGCAUCCCCAACGGCCUGCACGAUCCCUCGUCCACCUACAUCAGGCAGCUGGAGACCAAGGCCCUCGCACAGCAGGCAGGCUCUGGAGAGUUCCGGACUCUGCGGAAGGGCUUCUCCCCAUACCACUCGGAAUCCCAGCUGGCGAGCCUGCCGCCUUCCUACCAGGACUCCCUGCAGAACGGCCCAGCCUGCCCGGUCCCCGAGCUGUCCUCGCCCCCCUCCGCCGGCUACAGCUCCGCGGGACAGAAGCCAGAGGCUGUCGUGCACGCGAUGAAGGUCCUGGAAGUGCACGAGAACCUGGACCGGCGGCUCCAGGACGGCUGUGAGGAAGGCCUGAGCGAGAAGGAGAAGGCCAUCGUCCGCGAGAUGUGCAACGUGGUCUGGAGAAAACUGGGGGAUGCGGCCAGCUCCAAGCCCUCCAUCCGGCAACACCUGUCUGGGAACCAGUUCAAGGGACCCUUGUAGGGCUGCUCCCCCGUGGAUGUGGACUGGCCCUGCGGGGUGUCCUGGGGAGCCGCAGGCCCCCGUCUUCUUUUUCUGUGGCGAAUUGUACAUAGGACGCUGCCCGCCGUGACCCGGCUGCCGUGGGUCCAGCACACGGACGGCCGGGCCCCCGCCUCCCUCCUCACACACCAGCAAACCGGGAAGACGCGAGGCUGCCGGCCGUUCUGUGCAGCAGGGCGGCCUGGACAGCCUCGUCCCUGCCCCGGGGCCCCAUUGGUGAGGGGCCGAAGCCCGGCCUCGGCGGAGGGGCGCCUCGUCAAGCCUUCCACCCGCACCAGACAGAGGCCCCCGGUGGCUGGACCUAACGCGGGGGGCCCCACUCCUCACCCAUCUGCUGUGGCCUGAACGCCAGCCCGCUGAGCACUGGGUCCCGAGUCCCCGACCAGGAAGCUCCGUGUCUGUGGCUGGAGGCUCCGAGGCCCUUCCUCUGGCACCCCCCUCAUGCGCAGCUCCCCGCUGCACGCUGCUGCUCGGUUUCAGGGUUCAGGCCCCCAGCCCCCCCCCCACACACACACACAGUCCCCCAACCCCGCGCCGGGUCGUGCCCUCUCUGGGUCCCUCCUGCCUGGUGCCUGAGGCAUCUGCACUCCUGUGCUUCACAUGAUGGGCCAGGGAGGUGGGAGGCCACGUGGAGAGUCUCUGGUUGAGCCCCCCGCCCCGCUCUGUCCAGAUGGGUGGCGCUGGGCCGGGCUGGGCCUCUGGUAUCCCCCAGAGCCUGGCCCCCAGCCAGAGUCACUGUCGACGGAGCUGCGUGGGCGGCCGAGGGGAGAGUUCUGCCCUCUGUAGAAGGAAGGAGCCUGACCUGGCUCUGGCUUUAAUUUGCUGCGUGACCUUCAGCAAGUCAAUCAGCUUCUCUGGGCCCCCGGUGGGAAAACGAGGUCUCAGGUUCUUUCGGCCCUGCUCACCACCCAAGGCCACCAGCUUUAUUCAGCCGGUGCCCUCAGUCGCGGCCUGCGAGCCCACGGGGCCCGCCUGCCGCAGAGGCCGCUGCUGGCUGGGCUGGGCUGGGCUGGGCUGGUCGGAGCCGGGGACCGAGCUGAGUUCUGCCUUGCUGCCUGCUCACAGGUGCUGUCCCCUCCCCUCUCUGAGCCUCAGUGUCCUCUGCCGGAGAAGGGACAGCAUCGGGCCCUCCAUGCAGGGUUCGACAUCAAACAGAGCUUCAGUGUGAAUGACCCCAUGCCGGCCGUAGAGCGCGAUACAGA